AUGGCUCCAAGAAAGUCCACCGACACAGAAGCCUCGUCAGGCGUAGAUACUCCCAUGACCGACGUACCUGCGCCGCGUCAAAGAGUCCACAGACCUUCUUUUGGAAUGCUCAACAACCAAUUUGGCGACGAAACGCCUGAUUAUACAGACUCGGAUACUGCUCCAAACACGACUGCGAAUAGUGAAGCUGGCGAUGCCCCUCAUGCUGAUGGCCGGAAGCGCAGGAACGAAGCCUUACAACUACGAAAAAGUGUCCUGGGAAAGCAACACGGACAGCUCAACGAGACUAAAGAGGAUGAUACCAUUCGAAGGUUUCGAUACUUAUUAGGCCUUACAGAUCUAUUUCGACAUUUCAUAGAAACGAAUCCGAACCCCAAGAUACGCGAAGUUAUGGCUGAAAUCGAUCGACAGAAUGAGGCAGACAUUGCAAAAGCCAAGAAAGUGCACUCUAGGAAAGGUGGAGCUGCUGCUGGCAAGAGGAAGACGGAACAAGAAGAAGAUGCUGAGUUACUCAAGGACGAGAAACGUGGUACUACCACUCAAACCGUCUUCAGAGAUUCUCCUUCCUACAUUGAGGGUGGUGAAAUGAGAGACUACCAGGUUGCUGGUCUCAACUGGCUAGUCUCCCUGCACGAGAAUGGCAUUUCUGGUAUCCUGGCAGAUGAGAUGGGUCUUGGAAAGACAUUACAGACCAUAUCCUUCCUCGGCUAUUUGCGAUACAUUUGCGACAUUUCUGGUCCCCAUCUUAUUGCUGUGCCAAAGUCGACUCUUGACAAUUGGGCUAGAGAGUUCAAGAAGUGGACACCAGAGGUGAACGUCCUUGUGCUUCAAGGCGCUAAAGACGAGCGACACCAGCUGAUCAACGAUCGCUUGAUUCCCGAAAAGUUCGACGUGUGCGUCACUUCCUACGAGAUGAUCCUGCGGGAGAAAUCACAUCUGAAAAAGUUUGCUUGGGAAUACAUUAUUAUUGACGAGGCUCACCGAAUCAAGAACGAAGAAUCCUCGCUUGCACAAAUUAUCCGUGUCUUUAAUUCCAGAAAUAGACUCCUCAUCACUGGUACACCUUUGCAGAACAACCUUCACGAAUUGUGGGCUCUACUGAAUUUCCUUUUGCCUGACGUCUUUGGUGAUGCCGAGGCUUUCGAUAGCUGGUUCUCCAGUCAGACAGAGGACCAAGAUACCGUCGUGCAACAGCUACAUCGUGUGCUCCGACCCUUCUUACUUAGACGUGUCAAGAGUGAUGUCGAGAAAAGCUUACUGCCAAAGAAGGAGGUCAAUUUGUAUGUCGGCAUGUCUGAGAUGCAGGUCAAAUGGUACCAAAAGAUUCUCGAGAAAGAUAUCGAUGCCGUUAACGGUGCUGGUGGCAAGAGGGAAUCCAAAACAAGACUCCUUAACAUCGUUAUGCAGCUGCGAAAGUGCUGCAAUCAUCCAUAUCUCUUCGACGGUGCCGAACCGGGUCCGCCCUACACUACAGACGAGCAUUUGGUCGAUAAUUCAGGAAAGAUGAUCAUUCUAGACAAGAUUUUGACCAAGAUGAAGGAGCAAGGCAGUCGUGUCCUUAUCUUUUCCCAGAUGAGCAGAGUGCUUGACAUCCUAGAAGACUAUUGUGUCUUCCGUGGUCACAAGUAUUGCCGAAUCGAUGGCGGUACCGCACAUGAGGAUCGUAUCGCCGCGAUUGACGAGUACAACAAACCAGGCUCAGAGAAAUUCAUCUUCUUACUCACCACACGCGCAGGAGGUCUAGGUAUCAAUUUGACUACCGCGGAUAUUGUCGUCUUGUUCGAUAGUGACUGGAACCCUCAAGCCGAUCUUCAAGCUAUGGAUCGAGCUCACAGAAUUGGUCAAACAAAACAAGUGGUUGUUUUUAGGUUUAUCACCGAGAACGCCAUCGAGGAGAAAGUCCUCGAACGUGCUGCACAGAAGCUACGUCUUGAUCAGCUUGUCAUUCAACAAGGGCGAGCACAACAACAAGCUAAACAGGCAGCUUCGAAAGACGAAUUGCUGAACAUGAUUCAACAUGGUGCAGAAAAGGUGUUCGAAUCAAAAGGAGCUACAGGUGCUCUUGAUGAUCUUGACGAAAUUCUCAAACGAGGUGAAGAACGUACUAAAGAGCUCAACGCUAGAUACGAGAAACUAGGCAUCGACGAUCUUCAAAAGUUCUCAUCCGAUAGUGCUUACGAGUGGAAUGGCGUAAACUUCACGGCUGCCAAGAAAGAAAUUGGCAUCAAUUGGAUCAACCCAACCAAGCGUGAGAGAAAAGAGCAAUCUUAUUCUAUGGAUCAGUACUACAAAGACGCUCUCAAGACUGGUGGUCCAAAGCCAGAGGCUAAGCCAAAAGUACCUCGAGCACCAAAGCAGGUGAACGUCCACGAUUGGCAGUUCUUUCCUCAAGGUCUUCAAGAAAUUCAGGAGAAGGAAACGAAUUAUUAUCACAAAGAAAUUGGCUAUAAAGUUCCUCUAGCCGAAGGCACCGACGACGAUGUUAGUGACCGGGAAGCUGAUCAGCGAUUGGAGCAAGAAGCCAUUGAUUCUGCCGAGCCAUUAACAGAGUCCGAGAAGGAGCGAAAGCUGAAGAUGCAAGACCAAGGAUUUGGCCAUUGGAAUCGACGUGACUUUCAACAAUUUGUCAACGGCUCCGCCAGAUUCGGACGCACUAACUAUGAGGGCAUAGCCACGGAAGUUGACAGCAAAACCAUUGAAGAGAUCAAGGAAUACGCCAAGGUCUUCUGGAAGCGCUAUGGCGAGAUUGCCGAGUACGAAAAGCACAUCAAAGCAAUCGAGGCAGGUGAAGACAAGAUCAAGACCAACGAAAGAAACAAGAAACUGCUAAGACGAAAGAUGGAGAUGUAUCGUGUCCCUCUACAGCAAAUGAAGAUCAAUUACACUGUAUCUACGACGAACAAGAAGGUCUACACCGAGGAGGAAGAUCGCUUCCUGCUUGUCAUGCUCGACAAGUACGGCGUUGAUGGAGAUGGCCUCUACGAGACUCUCAGGGAUGAGAUACGCGAGAGUCCGUUGUUCCGGUUUGACUGGUUCUUCCUGAGUAGAACCCCUUUGGAAUUGAGCAGACGAUGCGCCACACUUAUCGCCACUGUUGUGAAGGAGUUUGGUGAGGAUAAGGAUAGCAAGACCAAUGGUGUAGGCAAAAAAGGUCGUGAUCGUGACGAAGACGAAGAUGAUGAAGAGGAGAUAGAGACCGUGCCACCAAAGAAGAAGGCCAAGAAUGGUGUUUCUAACAAACAAGUCUCGGCUGUCAAAGGCGCCAAAGGUAGCAAGGGAACCUCAACGUCGGGGUCUCGAGCAUCGAGCGUGGCGCCAGUAACAAAUGGGAAAACGAAGGGGAAGAAAAAGUGA